CUGACCUUUCACUUGUGCCGGUGGCUCUCCGUGUCGGGGGUCCCCGUGGUGCCUCUCUGUGCCAGCGCAGAGGAACGGGGAUGGUGGGACCGCGCCCACAAGGCCCGAGAACACCCACUUCAGGGGUCCAGGGCAUUCGACUCCGACUGUGGGGAGCUGGUAGGACCUCGGGAUGGGCAGAGCCACCAGGACCGGCCACAGCGCCUGGCCCAUCUCUGACUCGCUGGCAUGGACGGGGCAGGUUCUGGGGCCGUCCGUGAGCAGCAGCUGCCCAUGGCCCCCACGGCCCCGUCACAUCCGGCACCCAUCCUGAGUUCUCUCCUCCGGCUGAGCCGCCACAGCCGUCCGUCCUCAGCGAGGCAGAGAUGCACCCCCAGGCUGCUGCUCUGGGAAGCCGCGUGGGAGGGACCCAGGGGCCCGGCCCUGGCCACCCACCAUGAGCAGGAGGCGGUGGCAUUGUGCUUAGCCCAGCCCUGUCCUAACUCCUGUUGGAGGCGCCGGCUCCUGUCCUCAGCGCUGCCCCCAUCCCACCCCGGGACCCAGCGUGCUGUUGGGGUUCAGAUGCCUCCCAGGGUCCCAGAGGCAGAGACUGGGGCAGGCCAGGGCGGGCUCCCUGAGCUCGCGACGGGGCUCGUGGCGGCCCCCCACGCAUGGUGCCCUCACCCUAGGCCUGGCGCGGCUGUGCUUGGCCCGUCGUGUUCCUGGGCAGACACCCCAGGGUCUCCCUCUGCCACCCACACUGGGGGAGCAGACUCAGCCUCGAGGUGGGGGCAGCAGCGUGACUGAUUCUGGAACCCCCUCCCUGAGGACGCGUCAUGCCAUGGAGCCGUGGUGGGGAGGGACAGCAGGGUGCCGACACCCCGUCACGGGGGCACCGUGUCCAGCAGCCUCUGCUGCAGCUGCCGGGUAGGGGUUCUGCUCCCCCGCCCCGUGUGUGGGGCUCGACUCUGAGGGGUCCCAGGGACCCUGCCAGCCUCCUAUCGUGGGGGCGGGAGCAGUAACCCCUCUCUCCCCUCCUUCUUCUUCCAGAAACAUGGCCGACAGCAAGGCCAAGCCUGCUAAGGCCACCAACAAGACACCCCCAAAGUCCCCAGGGGACCCCGCGAAGGACAGGACAGCGAAGAGGCUGUCACUGGAGUCAGAAGGUGCUAGUGAGGGGGCGGCCGCCGCAGGCCCGGAGCUCAGUGCCCUGGAGGAGGCCUUCCGGCGCUUCGCCGUGCACGGGGACACCAGGGCCACCGGGAAGGAGAUGCACGGCAAGAACUGGUCGAAGCUGUGCAAGGACUGCCAGGUGAUCGACGGGAAGAACGUGACCGUCACCGACGUGGACAUCGUCUUCAGCAAAAUCAAAGGGAAGGGCUGCCGCACCAUCACCUUCGAGCAGUUCAAGGAGGCGCUGGAGGAGCUCUCCAGGAAGCGGUUCAAGGACAGGAGCAGCGACGAGGCCGUGCGGGAGGUGCACAGGCUCGUGGAGGGCAAGGCCCCCAUCAUCUCCGGGGUGACGAAGGCCAUCUCGUCACCCACUGUGUCGCGGCUCACGGACACGACCAAGUUCACGGGCUCCCACAAGGAGCGCUUCGACCCGUCGGGCCGGGGCAAGGGCAAGGCCGGCCGCGUGGACCUGGUGGACGAGUCGGGCUACGUGCCGGGCUACAAGCACGCAGGCACCUACGACCAGAAGGUGCAGGGGGGCAAGUAGCUGCCCGGGCGGGGCCCUCCUCCGCGCCGGGCCGCCUCGCCUCACACUUCGCCACAUUCCCCGACUCACUGGGGCAGAGCUCAGCGGGGCGGCUCCCCUCCGACCCCACGUGGCCCUGGAACUCACGGACCUUUCUCUAACACACCUGCCUUGUCCUGUGCCGGGAAGUCGACAGAUCGUCAUUUCCGAAGUGUCUCCCGGGACCAGACUACACAGGCCACCUGGUUUGCAGGCAAAAGGGGUGCUUUAAAGGAGCGGGUGGGACGGACCCUGACCGGCAGACCACGCCCCAGGCGCCACGAGGGCAGCCUGCGCUAACACUAACCAGCAGCAACAGUGAGGUGAAGUGAACCGUGAACAGGACACAGCGGCGUCUGCGAGGGCUCCAUGCAGCUGUGGCACACACGGGUGCACGCUUGCACACAUGCUCACACAUGCUCAGGCAUGCACACUCAGGCAUGCACUUACACAUGCUCACGCACACACGUGCCCACUCAUGCAUUCACACGCUUACACACGCUCAUGGACACGCAUACACGCUCACACACACACAUGCACACAUGUGCCUAUGGACCAGAUCUGUGCUAAGUGUGGUCACGUAAGCGAAGCCUGGGUGCAAAGGAAGGUGAGCCAGUCAGAGAUCGCACCUCAGUGGACCAAAGGAAAGAGGUAGAAGUUUUUAAAAUGGAAACUAAGCAUGGGUCAUAUUUCCUUCUGCUUUUUUUCUUAAGAAGAAGAAACGGAGACUGUUUAUUCUCAGAACGGAUCCGGGAAGACUCAGAACAUCCUGUUCUGUGACUCUCCCUGCUGCCCCUGCAUCUCCAGGCCACAAGACCCUGUUGGCUCUGCGGCUGCCCCGCAGGCGGCGCGUGAGGCCCCGUCUCCUGCUCUGGACUCCGGGCCUCGAGGCUGCGGGUCACGUGACUGCUCCCCCUUCGCUCACAGCGCAGCCUGGACCUCUGGGCUCCAGGCUCUGCUGUUAGUUCGGCCUCUCUGGACUCUGCCAACCCCAGGCGCGGGAAGCUGCAUAACAAAGCCAGGCCAGGGAGGCCCCCAUCCAACAACCUUUGCUGGGGUUUGGUGGCACUGUCACAUGGCCGUAAGGCAACACAUCCACUUGCACGAACACGGCCAGAGCCUGGUGUGUGGCCUGCUAGGCCAUGUGUCCUGGAGCCCACAGCCGCCUCAGGGAAAUGCCUCCUGGAGGCCGGCCACCCCGGCCACUGUCCUGCACCCCUGGUCCUGGACACGUGGCCUGGCCUGACACUGCUGUGGCACCCACCUGCUGCCUCCCUGAGCCCAGAAGGCACACUGGUCACUGCCGGAGCCGGAGCAGGCCCCUCAUCUGCCAGUGUUCCCAGAAGACGCGGCCCCUCUAAAGUGGCUGUCUCUCCCAGCCCCCUCAUGUAGCCCCCAGGCCUCAACUCACAGAUGGCGGUGGCACCGCAGGCAGCGGCAUUCGCAGGGUUUGGGCGCUCACAGCGUGUGGCAUUAGAACGGAGGAAACGGUGGAGCGCAGGUGUUGAGUGUCACUUAAAGGGCAUCGUCUCUCUGCUGUCUCGAGUUUCUAACUUGGGGACCCUGAGGUGCCUAACGAGGCCUGCACUCCACAGUGGGAAAGGCAGGCAGGCAGGACGCCAGCCCCGCCCUGCGCGCGUCCUUCCCCGAGGCCGGACCUCCGUGUGCUGCUCAAGGGCGAGAGCCACCACGGGAGGCGCCUCCGAAGGCAGCUGAGUGUGCCACGUUCCUUGACACCAAAAUCAUCACACACCACAGCCCUCGCGUUCCACGCCAGCUACGUCUUCAUCGGUGGUCACAGAACAGGCUCCGCCCCAGGGCCCGGAGGCACUGCCAGGGACAUGGGUCUCCCGGUCUGAGGCUGCUUUUCUCCUGCCGUGAACAGCCCGGUCACCACCGUCACAGCCGACGUAGCACAGACACUGGAACCCAGCAGGACCCUGGGGACUAAGCAUGCACACCAGCAAGGGCAUAGGGGCAGAGUCCCCACGCCACAGCCUGUAGAAGGAUGGCUGUCACCUGGGCCUGCCAUGGACACUGGCCCUUCUCAGCCCUUCCUCGCCCACAGGACACUGGCGAGGUGCCUGACACUGGGACACAGCCGUCCCGGAGCGCGGUCUUCAGGCGAGGACAGCCCCCUCCACGAGGCCCGCCCGGAGCGCGCUGGAAAGUGGGGUCUGAGCAAAGCCGCGUGCGAGCCCGAACAGGCGGCGCGGCUGAUGCCGCCAUCACGGUUGCUCCCCGCCUUCCGCCCCAGGACGGGGGCCCCCGGGCCCCCGGGCCCCGGCACGGCUGGACAGUAACCGUCGUCCACGUCCGCUGACCUGGCUGCAGCGCUCCCCUUGUGUUUCGUGGAUGAGGAUCGUGACACAGCUGCUCCCCCUGGUGGCCUCCCCGUGCCAGCCCAGCGCGGGCAACCCCCGCGCAGGCCGGGCCCCUGACCACACCCCCAGGUCCCGCCGGCCACGCAGCGCUGCAGUCUCCCUGCGUCCCUUGCUCCUGCCCAGGCUUGGCCAGGCGCGCGGUCCAAGACGCCACCUCCGGUCAGUGUGGCUCUGCACACCCACGUCGCCAUCUGUCCUCGUAGAUCACCUGCUGCAUCCGCUGUGUCUGUGCGUAGCCUGAGGACACACGACACUCGCGUGGACAGACUGCAGACACGGUGUGCGCCUCGUCAGAGCUGAUGACCACGACACGGCAGGGUGGGCGUUGGUGCCGCGCGCGCGCGUGACGGGCCAGCUUCCGUGAACGGUGGCUACAGCGUCUGCUUGUGACGGGAGACACUGUGCAGAAGGCUCCCCAGGAGACAGGGACAGACAGGAGGGCAACCAGGGGACAGGACAGGUUCUUAGAGGAAGCCACCUGGGUGACAGGGCACGUUCUGAGGGGAAGACACCCGGGAGAUGGGACAGGUUCUUUCAGGGGAGGACACCCAGGUGACAGGACCCAUUCUGAGGUGAACACCCAGGUGAGAGGACACGUUUGGAGGGGAGGACACCCAGGUGACAGGACACGUUCUGAGGGGAGGACGGUGCUGACGGCGUCUGAACAUCAGGGAGAAGAGGAGGAGCUGUCUGAGGACGCAGAUCGCGCCAGAACACCUAUUUAUUUCUAUUUAAUGCCUAGGAAAAGCAGGCCGUGGUCAGCAACUCGGAGUUAGGUUUACCAUAACUGAAGUCCGUUAAGUUUAAAAUAUAACAAAUGACGUAUGUUUAUCGUGAAGUAUUUUUAUACCUAAGAGCCCCGGGCUUAAGUUUCGAGACAGAUGAGAAGUGCAGUGGGGGCGACGCGCGGGGAAGAUGCCGCUGGGGCUGCUGGCGCCGCUUCCUGUCUGCACUGCCCCGUCUCUAGGCCCCAGCGGCCGAGAGCUCCAGGAAGGCCACUGUGUCCGUCUGACCCGCGGAGUGGACACAGAGCCAGCAGGCAGAGGCACACACACUCCAACACCCUGGGCCGGCAGCCACCCGGUUCGCCGGAUAAAGUUAAUGGCACAGGCCGCGCUAUCUGGCCCUUCACAGAAAGGCCCUCGAGGACCCAGUUUGGCCCGGCCCAUUUCCUCCUGGAAUUUAUACACAAGCUGGCUACCCCACCCCUUCUUACAGCACACGCCACACAGGGACACCUUAUUGUCACCUGUUCAGGUUGACAGUUCAGCCGUACUGUGAAAAUGACCAACACUGACCCUGAAAAGCUUCCCUCCACUGACCACGGCACACGCGGUGAAACCUGGCGGUUCGGGGCCAUGGCCUCCAUGGGCGCAUGGAGGACGUGGCCUGGGCAUGCCAGGCAGUGGUCACCGCGCUCAGAGAUGCUUUAGUUAACUCUCUCUCUUCUUUUAGACUCUUGAAAAACCAAACCAAGCCAAACAACAGAGGAAACCCGCACAACUUAAAAGAAACUUGAAAGGGACCAUAUGCUACUAGUUUGUACUAAGUUUUUUUCAGGAAAGGGAAAUAAAUUUAUACAUGCAAUAUA